CUUCUUUCACAAUCACUCCUGGAAUGAUGAGACAUGGCUACAGUGUACUGCAACAUGACAGCUGAGAACUACUCUGAUUACUGCAACCUAAUGGAGGACCACUCGUUCUCAGUCUGCAGCAGUAGCAAAGUAAAGGCCUUCAGCCAGGUCUUCCUCCCUACCCUCUAUAGCAUUGUCUUCAUCUUGGGAUUCAUUGGUAAUGGCCUUGUUGUUUUUGUUCUGGUAAAGUAUCACAAAAAUUCCAACAUGUCAGAUCUGUGCCUCUUCAACCUGGCUAUUUCAGACCUCCUCUUCCUUAUCUCAUUGCCCUUCUGGGCCCACUUUGCUGCUAUCUCUGAGUGGACCGUCGGGAGCUUCAUGUGCCAUGCAGUGACAGCGCUCUACAUGCUGGGUUUCUAUGGAAGUAUCUUCUUCAUGAUCCUAAUGACUGUGGACCGUUACGCUGUCAUUGUCCACACCUAUACCUCCCUCUUCUCCAAGCACCGGUCUGUCAGAACUAGUAUAGUGCUGUCUUUGUUUAUGUGGGCACUUAGCUUGGGAGCUUCUCUGCCAACCAUCAUUUUCUCCCAAGUAAAGAAUGAAUCAGAUGGAUGGACAUGUAAAGUGGAAUAUCCUGAAGGGACAGCGUGGAAAUCAUUCUCAUACAUUGAACUGAACGUUCUUGGUUUGAUCAUUCCUCUCUCAGUGAUGGUGUUCUGCUAUUCACAUAUUAUCCCCAUCUUAAUGGCUGUGAAGUCUCAGAAGAAACACAAAGCUGUCAGGCUCAUGCUGGUCUUGGUCACUGUUUUCUUCCUCUUCUGGACACCCUACAACAUUGUCAUCUUCCUGAAGUUCCUGCAUGAAUUGGGCUACAUGAACACCUGUCAGAGGGAACAGGACCUGCACAUGGCUAUGCAGUGGGUGGAAACCAUAGCGUUCAGUCACUGCUGCCUCAACCCCAUAAUCUACGCCUUUGUGGGGCAGAAAUUCAGGAAUUUAUUUCUAAAGAUCCUGAGAGUGGUUUCCUCUUUGCUUUGGUCACUGCACAACAUUUAAAAGUGAGUUCUCAGAGAGGAGGACCAUUAGAUAUUCAGAUUCCUCAGUGUUUUCCAGCACAAAGACAAAAUCAAAACAGUAACUUUUAUUGCAUGGUAUCACCAAAGCCUAUUUCAGUUCGCAAAGUGCCAUUUGAAUAGAUUAUGCAUACUUCAUAUGCUUACUUCUACAUUUUGAAUGAGCAAUGAGUCCAUUUUAAAAUGCAAUCUACUGAGAAUAAGUAAUCACAUCAUAUGAACUACUAAUAAUUCUCACUAUGUCUCUUUUGUAUUUGACUUGCAUUCCUAUUGCACAGUGUAACUGGUGCAUAGUGUAUUCUUGUGCAUAGUGUAUUAUCAGUAUAUUAUUAGUACCCAAAUUUGAUUAUAUUCUGAUGUUGUUACUGGAAAAUAAUCAACUUUGUUUUGUGUCACUUGUUAAGAGAGAACAACAAUGAACACGGCAUUAUAUAAUGAAUAAAAUACUUGAAGGCGUGUUAUAAAUAAUAAGGCUCUAGAUCCAGUGUGACCCUGAACACCAUAAAGCAUUUAUUGAAGAUUAAUAAGAGAAUUGAAGAUUCUCUUGGUGUUUUCAAGUUUUCAUGGCUUUACACAUGGGUUUUAACAGGUUUUGUUUCACCUGGCUGAUUCAAACAAUUUACCACAUGUUAGAGAAGGAAAUAGUUUUUUGAGUGGUUUUAUUUAUAAACAUUUACGACUGAUAGCAUCUGUGCAUCCUUUGUGCUAAAACUUUUACUUAGAUGGACAUCUAUUAACAAACAAUGGCCACGUUUCUAGGUUGCUUUUCCUACGAACCCAGAAAUUUGUGCCACGCAUGCUGUUAUAAUCAUAUCACCACUUCACAAAGUUGUUUAAUACUAUUAUCAUUAUAUUGUUGCAUAUGCACAGGCUUUCACAAUAACAGCCUAUGAAAUCAGCCUGCACAGUCAAACUCUUGGGUAUACUUUCUUUUUCCUGCAGGCUGCCAAUGAAAACAACAUGUAGGUAACUAUAUAUCAGAGCAACUACAUUUCUUAAAUACUCUCAUAAAGCAUCAAACUUUAAGUGAGUAAAAGUGGUUACAAAUGUCUGUAAUCGAAAUUUUGGUUAAAAAAAAUUAGAUAUGCAAUCCACUCAUGACUAAAUCCUUUCAGGAGUGCUUUCUGUGUGAAUUGGUCUGUUGAAAUGAUAAGCAUUUGUCCAUUUGCCUGGUUUCAUUCAGUACAAGUCUUCUUGAUCUUAUGGCUAUAUGAUUGUUUUAAAUGCAAAAUGAUUAACACAAGUAUUUAAUGUUCAUCUUGUCUAAGGCCAGGAAUGGGUUGAAGUCCACCACUACAAGGUUGACAUAUCUGUAGUAGUAGUAAGAUAUUUAAGAAAAAAUAUAAAUUAUAUAGUUUUCUUUUCAUGAUGCACUAACCUUCCCAAUAAGGUUUAAGGCUGAUGGCCACACCUUAUUAAAAAAUAACCACCAUUUAACCUCAGUGGAUUUGUGGUAAUAUGGUGAAACAUUACCAAAAAUUCAAUUACCUUUACACUUAAAAACACUGGAAUGAACACUCCAUGCUAAGCAUACGUUUAUUCUCCUGUGCCUUAAAAUUAAAUCCUUAGACUAGGCACUGCAAUUAAUCCUGUUAAAUGACUGAUUUAUCUAUUUAAUAUCCAUUAAAAGUGUUUCUUAUUAAAUGAAAGCAAUGGGGAUAAAGACACACAGUGCAUCAAGGGCUCUGCUGAGUUGAUUUCAGGUGUCUGCCAUUAAUGCAUGUUAAUAGCAUUUGGAUGUAAUACAUAUCAUCAAAACAGUAUAAUAAAAAUUAAGAUGGUACAGUUCUUGUUUGUGGACUCUGACUACUGUAUGUAUACUGUAUAAGUUUAUAAAUGUU